AUUGAAACAUCCCUAAUCCAUGAAGAAAACUCUCUUUAGUCUGGCCAUAACAAUUCUCCAACUAUUUAAAGGGUAAAUAGCUCACAGCAGAUUUUGUGUAAACCAUUACAUAUCCUCCAUUAGCAUGGCAUUGUCGUUGUAUGAAUUAAAAGUAGUGUGCAACUUCUUUCUUCUCUUUCUUUUCCUCUGUAACUUAGUUGUAAAUUCCCAUCAUCAUGAUCAUGUGUGUGAUCCUAAACAAAGCUCUAAAUUGCUUGAAUUCAAGAAUGCCUUUUCCUUGGAGACGACAUGGCCAUCAACGUUUUGCAGUGGGUCGUCUCCACCAACAACCACAUGGAAUGAGAGCACGGAUUGUUGUUUAUGGGACGGCGUGGAGUGCGACGACGAAGGACGAGGCCACGUGGUUGGUCUUCAUCUUGGCUGCAGUUUGCUCCAAGGAACUCUUCAUCCUAACAACACCCUUUUCACUCUCUCCCACAUCCGAACUUUGAAUCUUUCUUAUAACUAUUUGGAUGGAUCUCCAUUUGCACCUCAAUUUGGAAUGCUUACAAACCUGAGGGUUCUGGAUCUUUCUCGGUCUUUCUUCCAAGGGAACGUUCCUUUGCAAAUAUCACACUUAUCUAACUUGGUUUCACUUCAUCUUUCUUAUAAUUACCGUCUCAGUGUUUCAAACCUGGUUAUGAAUCAACUUGUUCACAACCUAACCAAUCUAAAAGAUCUUGGACUUGCUUACACAAAUCUUUCUGACAUCACACCCUCUUCGAAUUUCAUGAAUUUCUCUCUCUCUUUAGAAUCUCUGGAUGUUUCUGCAUCUAUGUUGUCUGGGUAUUUUCCCGACUACAUUUUAAGUCUUACAAAUUUUCGUGUGUUAAACCUUUAUUAUAACUCUGAGUUGAAUGGAAAUCUGCCCAGGUCUAAUUGGAGUAAAUCCCUCCAAAUUUUGGAUCUUUCUCAAACUAAUUUUUCAGGAGGGAUUCCCAACUCCAUUAGUGAAGCCAAAGUCUUGAGUUACUUAGACCUUAGUGACUGCAACUUCAAUGGUGAAAUUCCUAAUUUUGAAAUUCAUUCUAAUCCUUUGAUCAUGGAUCAAUUAGUACCCAAUUGUGUUUUGAAUCUCACCCAAACACCUUCUUCUUCUACUUCAUUUGCAAAUGUUUGUUCAAAUAUACUAUUUCCAAAUCUUGUUUAUUUGAGUUUGGAAUAUAACUCAUUCGUUGCGGCCAUACCCUCCUGGAUAUAUUCAUUGCCUAAGGUAAGAUAUUUGAGUCUAAGUAACAACAAUUUCUCUAGUAAUUUCAUGAAGGAUUUUCAAUCCAACUCAUUAAGGAUUCUUGAUUUCAGUUAUAACAAUUUACAAGGUGAAAUCUCAAAGUCUAUUUAUAGGCAACUCAAUCUCACAUACUUAGGAUUGGAGAACAAUAAUUUAAGUGGUGUUUUGAAUUUGGAUAUGUUGUUGAGCAUCACAAGGCUACAUGACCUUUCCGUUUCCAAUAAUAGACAACUUUCAAUACUAUCAACCAACGUUACCUCCUCAAAUCUUACAUCCAUUAGAAUGAGAUCCCUCAAUUUAGAAAAAAUUCCCCACUUUUUGAGAUAUCAUAAGAAGUUGGAAUUUGUAGAUCUUUCAAACAAUCAAAUUGUAGGAAAAAUUCCUGAUUGGUUUUCUGAAGUGAGUGGUUUGAAUGAACUGUUUCUAUCUCAUAACUUUUUGUUCACGGGAAUAGAGGUGCUCCAUGCCAUGCCUAAUCUAACGACAGUCGAUCUUAGUUUUAACUUGUUCAAUAAGCUACCUGUUCCCAUAUUGCUACCAUCAAUAAUAGAAACGUUUAGUGUUUCUCAUAAUGAGGUUAGUGGAAAUAUUCAUUCUUCAAUCUGCCAAGCUACCAGCCUUAGUUAUCUUGAUUUGUCCUUUAACAGCUUCAGUGGUGAACUUCCAUCUUGUCUCUCCAACAUGACUAAUCUACAAACUUUGAUAUUGAAAAGUAACAACUUUGCUGGACCUAUUCCCAUGCCUGCACCAAGUAUUUCAUUCUAUAUUGCUUCAGAAAAUCAGUUUAUUGGAGAGAUCCCUCUGUCAAUUUGCCUUGCACUUCGCCUCAGAAUCCUCAGUAUUUCAAAUAAUCGCAUGAGUGGAACAAUUCCACCAUGUCUUGCAAACAUCACCUCACUUGAAAUUUUGGAUUUAAAAAACAACAACUUUAGUGGCACAAUUCCGACAUUUUUUUCGACAGGAUGUCAACUGAACAGACUUGAUUUGAACAACAACCAAAUAGAAGGAGAAUUGCCACAAUCAUUGUUGAACUGUGAAAAUCUUCAAGUUUUGGAUCUCGGAAAAAACAACAUCACAGGUCAUUUUCCUUAUUGGUUAAAAUCUGCUUUGUAUUUGCAAGUUAUCAUCCUUCGAUCCAAUCAAUUUUAUGGUCGUAUCAACAAUACCUUCAAUAAGGACUCUUUCUCAAACCUACGAAUCAUCGAUCUCUCUCACAAUAAUUUUGAUGGACCAUUACCUUCAAAUUUUAUAAAGAACAUGAGAGCCAUCAAGGAAGAGGGAAACAAACGUUCCAACUCUUUUCAAGAUCCGGCAGUUCGCAUUUACUACCAGGACUCAAUUGUGAUAUCAUCAAAAGGAACAGAACAGAAAUUUGAAAGAAUUCUUUUGAUAUUGAAAACCAUUGACUUGUCCAGUAAUGAUUUUAGUGGAGAGAUACCAAAGGAAAUUGGAAUGUUGAGGUCUCUAAUAGGUUUGAACCUUUCUCACAAUAAGCUGAUAGGUAGGAUUCCUACAUCAAUUGGCAAUUUGAACAAUCUGGAAUGGUUGGAUCUUUCUUCAAAUCAAUUGUUUGGUAGCAUUCCUCCUCAGUUGGUUGCUCUUACAUUUCUCUCAUAUUUGAAUCUCUCACAAAAUCAGCUGUCAGGAUCAAUUCCUGAAGGCAAACAAUUUGAUACUUUUGAGAGUUCAUCCUAUUUGGGAAAUCUUGGACUUUGUGGGAAUCCUCUACCAAAAUGUGAACAUCCCAAUGACCAUAAAUCUCAAGUGCCACAUGAAGAAGAAGAAGGUGAGAGUUCGGAAAAAGGAAUUUGGGUGAAAGCUGUGUUUAUUGGAUAUGGAUGUGGGAUCAUAUUUGGAGUUCUUAUUGGAUAUCUUGUUUUUCAUUAUGGGAAACCUGUGUGGAUUGUGGCAAAAGUGGAAGGCAAAAGAUCUCAAAAGAUCCAAACAUCUAGGAACUCUAGGAGUUCUAGGAAAAGAUGUAAUUAGGGUUUGUUUUCUUAAAUUUAUGAAAAAAAAAAAUUUAAGUGCUAGGAGUUCAAAAUCCAAUGAAGAAGGUGUAAGUAAUAUGUGCCCUCCUAUUUGAGAUC